AUGUCAAUUCCAGUAUUGAUGGGUGAUGACGAUACUCAUGCGCAUACGGACUAUGACAAGGCCUGCGUACUCAGUGUGCAAUAUGCAGCAGCGUUUGUAAGGGAAACCUCUUUGACAGGCGUUGAGCUAGUUUGCAGAACCCCAGAAGGUUCAGAACUAUCUGAAUUUAUUGUAGCGGAGACUGCAGUUCGUAGGCUGUUACAAGGGCUGAACCCUUCUAUGGCCUCUGGGCCAGAUUUAAUUCACCCGAAACUGUUGCAUGAGUUGGCUGCGGAACUAAGUGGACCGCUCGCUAUUGUGUUUCAGAAAUCGCUUGCCACUUGUGCAUUGCCUUCCGAAUGGAAGGAAGCUGUCAUCUGUCCCAUCUUCAAAAGUGGGGACAUGGGUCUGCCUGCAAAUUACAGGCCAGUUAGUCUGACGAGUGUAGUAGUCAAACUCCUCGAGAAACUGGUGAGACAUUCAUUGGAGAGUCAUCUGAAUAGAUUUAAUCUACUUAACAAUGUGCAACACGGAUUCCGGAAGGGAUUUUCGUGUCUGACGAAUCUGUUGUUGGCUCGCGAAAAUUGGGCGGAUGCAGUGGAUAACGGCCACACAUUGGACGUGCUUUUCGUCGACUUUUCGAAGGCAUUUGACAAGGUACCCCAUUUGAGGCUCGCGCAAAAGCUGUCCUCUUACGGGGUAUCUGGCCGCGCCCUUCAUUGGGUGACUGCCUUCUUGGAGGGUAGAGAACAGUGUGUACGGGUAGGCCGGGGCCUAUCAUUUGGGCAGUCUGUCCUCAGCGGCGUGCCGCAGGGCUCGGUCUUUGGACCGCUGUUGUUAUCUAUCUAUGUGAAUGACCUACCCGCGGAGCUUGAGGUACCAUCGCUGCUAUUUGCUGAUGACCUGAAGCUGUGGAACAUUGUUUAUGUUCCUGGGGGUUCAGAAGCUAUUCAGCGAGCAUUGGAUAAGCUUUGGGACUGGUCUACUUUAUGGUUACUGCCCAUAAAUCAAGCAAAGUGCUCCGUUCUUCGAAUUGGAGGAGGUUGUCCUCCUGCGAAGUACUUGGUCGGUGGGGUCUUACUCCCCGUGUAUCUAGCCAGGUUGACCUAG